GUCACAUUUUAAUGCGUUCAGUACACGAGUCACAGAAAAACGAAAAUUCUUAUAUAAUUUUUUAUUAUUAUGAAUAUUGUGUGUUUGAAAUCAACUUUGUUGCAACGGGUAGUGCAACAUCAAUGGAUGGUCGCAUCGACAAGAACGUUGUUCUCAAAAAGUUACCUAGGAAUCAAAGAUUAUGAAAUUCAACGAUCGAUUCAAUUACCGUUUGAUUCAACGAAUGUGGCAUUUGAAACGGAAGCGGCAAAAUUGGUCAGGUUUAUGAAAUAUUGGAUGCAUGUGCUAAAGAAAGAUGAAUGUGUAGAGAAAUUUUCUGAAAUACAAACGAACCUUCAGUUAAUUCAUAACAAUCCGGCACAGAUGAAGGCUUUUAAUUUUGGGCCAUUGGUAAUGCGGAUGUGUCACUACCUGAAUUUGCCGGAUCAAGCAUUGCAGAUCUUCAAGGAUGAUAAAAUGCCAAAUAUGUGUGUACAUUUAAAUUCGAAAAUCAUUCUAGCCGAUCUACUUUUCAAUCAUGGUAAAUAUGAUCAAAUGCUCGAUAUUAUUUCUAUGGACAUUGAGAACCGGAUAAAUUUUGGCAGAGAGUUAUGUACUAAGUUAAACUGUCUCGCGAUCGCAGCAUGCUAUAAACUGAAUACAGAAGAAAAACUAAAAUUUGGCCUGGAGCUAUGGAAUAAAACAAAAGAGAAAGAACUUUCCCCUGUUCAUAGUGCAAAUUUUUUGAGUAUGCUGGCAAUAAAUUUGGGUCAUCCAGAAACUGCUCUAGAGGUUUUGGGAUCCACCAAAAAAUCACAUCUUUUCAAUGAUUCAGUGAAUAUUUGGCUAAUUGCACUAGCCGAUUAUGGUCAUUUUGCAGAGGCAGCAUCACUCAUUGAACAAAGUAAAAGCGAUAUCCCGAAAUUUAAUAUAUACCCUAGUGUGGUUGAACGAAUUAAUGAAUGUUCGAAAAAGUACCCAUCGACGGAUGAAAAAACAAAUUUUUGUAAAUUGUUGGAUACAAUUCCACAACUCACAUCGAAAAAAACCAUCGAUGACAUUCUCUGUUCUCCUAUUGAAGUAAGCAAAGAGGAAAAAAUACGCAAUUUUUCACCAAAUUAUAGAAAUAUCGCUAGAAUCAAUAAAGAAAAGCGGCAAGAGUUAGAUAUAUAGAUGGACAGACAUUUUGUUAAAUAAUGAAAAAUAAAACAAAUGACCUGAACGAAA